AUGAAGAAAGAAAACCACACAGCGGUGAGUGAGUUUGUUUUCCAGGGUUUCUCUAGCUUUCACGAACACAAACUCACCCUCUUUGUGAUAUUUCUUACCUUGUACCUUUUAACCCUGGCUGGCAAUGUCAUCAUCGUGACAAUUAUCAGCGUUGAUCGUCACCUGCACACCCCCAUGUACUUCUUUCUUAGUAUGCUUUCUACUUCAGAGACUCUGUACACAUUAGUCAUUGUACCACGAAUGCUCUCCAGCCUCAUAGGUCUAAGCCAACCCAUCUCCUUGGCUGGCUGUGCCACCCAGAUGUUCUUUUUUAUUACUUUGGCCAUCAACAACUGCUUCCUGCUCACGGCAAUGGGGUAUGACCGGUAUGUAGCCAUCUGCAACCCCUUGAGGUACUCGGUCAUCAUGAAUGCGAAGGUGUGUGCCCAGCUAGCAUGUGGGGCCUGUAGCAUUGGGUUGCUUGUGGCCAUAAUUCAGAUUUCAUCUGUGUUCAGGCUGCCUUUUUGUGAUAGAGAGGUGGCCCAUUAUUUCUGUGACAUCCGCCCGGUUAUGAAACUCUCCUGUGCUGACACAACUCUACAUGACAUAGUUAAUUUUAUUGUCAGCUCUCUGGUUAUUGUAGUACCCAUGGCUUUGGUCUUCAUCUCCUACAUUCUUAUCAUCUCCACCAUCCUCAAGAUUGCCUCAGCUGAGGGCCGGAAGAAGGCUUUUGCAACUUGUGCCUCCCACCUCACUGUGGUCAUUGUCCACUAUGGCUGUGCCUCCAUUGCCUACCUCAAGCCCAAGUCAGAGAACACCAGGGAUCAGGACCAGCUGAUCUCUGUGACCUACACCAUUUUCACUCCACUCCUUAAUCCUGUUGUGUACACUUUGAGGAACAAGGAGGUCCAAGAUGCCCUUCACCGCGCUAUUGGCAAAAAACCUCUUGCCUAG